CUGUGGUGGUACUUGGGCAUAUAAUCUGAGAGGAGCGACAAGACCGACUACUGAGGUAUUACCGUCAAUGACAACCUAACAGCUAGACCUCCCGUGACCUCAGGCGUUGCGCUCCAUUUCUGGUUGUGUGUGUUUCUAGUCGCUCAGAAGUUCGGUCGUGUUGUUUGUAAUAGCCUGUCGCCUAAGUCGUCAGCUGUACGACACGACGUGUAGCUGACUUGCCCGUCCGGCCCGUGUCCGCUCCUCGACUUCAUCAUUCUGUCCCCACCUGUCGCCCGCCCAGCCCAGAUGUAUUCUGAUGGGCUGGGUGCCUUGGACCUGCCUGACAUGAUGGCAGCCCAGUCCAAACUCCUGUACCAGCUCAACAAGUUCAACUCUGACCGGGUGCAAACUCGCAAGGGCAGCAUCGCCAAGACGGUCCGAGAAGUCUGUAAGGUGGUUCAAGACGUCCUGAAGGAAGUGGAGGUCCAGGAGCCAAGGUUUAUUAGUUCUUUGACGGAGACUAACGGUCGCUACGAGGGGGUGGAAGUCAUCUCCCCCACUGAGUUUGAGGUCGUGCUCUACCUGAACCAAAUGGGGGUGUUUAAUUUCGUGGACGACGGCACGAUCCCGGGAUGUGCCGUCCUCAAGCUCAGCGACGGCCGAAAGCGGUCCAUGUCGCUCUGGGUGGAGUUUAUCACGGCCUCCGGAUACUUGUCAGCCAGGAAGAUUCGCUCGCGUUUUCAAACUCUUGUAGCACAAGCAUGUGACAAAUGCUCAUACCGAGAUAUUGUGAAAAUGGUCGCCGACACAACGGAGGUCAAGUUACGUAUUAGGGAGAGAUUGGUAGUGCAGAUAACCCCGGCUUUCCGAUGCGGUGGCAUCUGGCCACGCAGCGGGGCGCACUGGCCCAUCCCUCACAUUCCAUGGCCGAAUCCUAACCUUGUGGCCGAAGUGAAAACUGAAGGUUUUGACUUGCUAUCAAAAGAAAGUAUAUACAUGAAAGAUAAACAGUCGGCUGCCGAAGGCGAUGCUUGGGUCAUUUCUUUUAAGUAUGCCGAGGACAGGCUUUUAUACGGCGGUUCCCGGAGGAAAGUUCUGAGUCUUCUGAAGACGUUACGGGACCGUCACCUGGACGUACCAUCGCAGCCAAUACUCAACUACCACAUGAAAACACUAACUCUUUAUGAAUGUGAAAAGCAUCCACGAGAGGUGGAGUGGGACGAGUCAUGUAUAGGGGACAGAAUUAACGGUAUACUCCUUCAGAUGAUCUCUUGUCUGCAGAACAGGCGCUGUCCACAUUACUUUCUGCCCAACCUGGACCUAUUUAAGGGGAAGUCUACCUCUGCCAUGGACACUGCGGCCAAACAGGCCUGGCGGAUUCUAAGAGAACUUUUAACAAAUCCCCGAAGUUUAGAGAAAUUAUGACUAGGCCUGGACGAGGAGGGGGUUGACAACGCGUCGAAGACCUCUCCAAAUGAGAGCCUGUAAACCUGUAUCUGGACUACAUUCACGCAUACCACAUGGACUAAUCGGCACCGUCAAUGGGAAACAUGGCACUGUGCUGUACCGUUAUAUGUAUGGUCGUAUAUGCUGUUGUCGACGUCGUAUAGUGCUGUGAAGUCCUACGUUGUCGGCAGUCGGUGUUGAAAUUUUGUCUAAGUGCCAUAUAUAAAUAUACAAAUACGACAAUCUCACCCGUGCUGCUUAUGGUGGAACGAAUUCGGAAACAAUCGGUCUUGCUGUGGUGACUCUGUGCAAUUAUUAGAUUUAAAAAGAACAUUAUUUACUUCUCUGCUGGAAAAUUUUACUUUCCCAUUGGCUACGGUAAGCUGAAUUUAUCUGCAUUUUCAGCCGAGAGUAAACAUUAACACUCUCUGGCUCUCUGCAAAGAGGCUGAACUUUUUUUUUUCAAACAAAUAACUUUAGAUUGUGCAAAUUCCUGGUGAGAGCAACGUUUGGUAUUUCCUCUGGAAAUUUGUAAAUUUUACAGUCAUAAAAAUGCUAUCUCUCUUUUCGUGCUGUAUGAACUACAUGAAAAGUUAAAGCAUUGGGCAGCGAUAACUGUAUAUUCCAUUGUUGGGUUUACAAAACAGUUCAUAACUGCGUAAAUUAUAUUUAUCUUAAAAGGAACAUAUGUCGAAAAAAAAAUAUGUAUUUAUUAUGGAUAUAGAAAUAAAUUUAUUGUGAUCGACACGAGAACUUGAAUUGGGAGUAUACGAUCUACGCGGGUAUGAUAUAUAGUAUGGGUGUUUACACAGCUAAGGUUAUUUAUUGAAACGAAUGGAAAUGUAGCUUACAAAGUUACAAGGUCUUCUAAACGGUGUGGUGACAAUGUCCACUAUAAGCUAAAAGUGAAAAUAAACAAAGCAAAGAGGUUUAUUUUGACAGACGGGGUAACCUUACUGUUUCUGGCGAGAGUCUCGACAUGCCAGAAGCCCUGCCGAUGAAUCUCACGCCGCGGAGCACGGGACGUUUUUCUCUGAAAAGACGAAGUCGUGCUAGGCUUAGAAAGAGUGAGCGAACUGGGGGCACGAUACAAAACUUUACUAUACCGGCAUAACUGUACAGCGUGAAUGCUACAAUUCACAUAACUUAACC